AUGGUGUUACAUGUUGUGAUGUACAGCUGCGCUGCAAGGUGCUGGAAGUCUGUGGCGAGGGUUGGCGAGUCUCAGAGGGCGGGGCGUGUGUCGUGCCGUAGGCUGGGCCCGGAGUGGCGCGACAGGUGCUUCAUACUGGGCUACGGCGUCGCCUCUCCCGUGCAGAACGACAGCCACGUCGCGCGCUACAUGGUGCAGCGCGUCUGGACGCGGAUCGGCUGCGUGGACGAUCCUCCUUAUGAGUCCUACUUGUGCGCCGUCAAGGACGUCUUCAAUAAGACCACGUGUGAGGGCGACAUGGGCGGCCCUUUGAUGUGCAGCACGGCGCCCAACGGGCAUGGCCUGUUCGGUAUCGUAGACGGGCGCAUAGCCAUGCGGACUCGGGUGAUGGACCUGGACUGCGUCCUGCCCCAGCGAGAGAACCGCUACUUAUCCGCCGGCUACUAUCAGUAA